AUGUUCAUUGAGACUCGACAAAGUCGAAAAGGAAAAAAAGUGGAUGAGGAAACACAAACUGCAAUUGAUAAGCUUCAAGAUUAUGUUAAGAACUCGACCGAAUCUGAGACAUUUACGUCAUUGUUUGGGAAAGAAAAAUCUGGUCGAGUACGUUGCUAUGGAAGAACAACUACACAAACCAUGUUUAAAAGAAAUCAAGAAAUUUUGGUUAUUAAAAAGCAACAUAGUGAUAAAGUGGCUGGAAUGAAGAGGGAGAUGGAUGACAUGAAGGUACUUUUUAAGACCAUGAUGAAGCAACAAAACCCGCAUAUGAGUGACGAGGAGAUCUCUAAUAUGAUGGCAUCUGCGUUGGAAAUUACCACUAGUACUACUGAACAUCAUGCUGAUCCUAUUUCGUCAGCGUCAACUCAUAUUCCUCGUUGUGAAGAGCAUAAUUCCUUGUAUUACCUCACCAAUGGUGAUGAAGAAGCUUGUGAUGAUGAUCAAGAUAUGGAAGAAGAACAAGAAGGAGGUUGUGAUGAUCAAGAAGAAGAUGGAUAUUAUGAUGCAUGA